UCCUUUUCCGCUCGCCGUAACCUGUCCUCCGAAGCGUUUUGCUGUGCGAUGGAAAUGGCCGCCGCGGACACGGAGCUGCGCGACACAGAGUUCCCCUGUCAAGUGAUGGAGGAGGCGGAGAGUCGACCCAGUGCAGAGGGAGAUCAGAGCUGUAUUGGAAUGGAUGAUGGAGAUAUGUCAGAAAGAAGUGUUAUUGAAGAAAAUGGAGAACUUUCUGAAGAUGAACAACCCCAGAAUAAGCACAGUAAACACAAAAAGAAGAAACACAAACACCGGAGCAAGCACAAAAAGCAUAAGCAUUUACCUGAAGAAGAGAAGGAGAAAGACAAAAAACACAAGCAUAAACACAAACAUAAGAAGCACAAAAGGAAAGAUGGUGUAGAUAUUAACAAAGAUGACAUUUCACCAUCAAAGAGAACAAAACUUGAUGACUUUGCUCUGCUGGAAGACUUGGAGAAACAGAGAGCUAUGAUUAAAGCAGAGCUUGACAAUGAAUUAAUGGAAGGUAAAGUCCAGUCCGGCAUGGGGUUAAUAUUACAGGGUUAUAACUCUGGUUCUGAGGAGGAGGGAGAGAUUAAUGAAAAAAAUCGUAAUGGGAAAAGAAUAUCUUCCAAGUCAAAUGCCAAGGGAAAACAAGAUGACUUAAAAAACACUUCUAAAAGAAGGAGCAAAAGUAAGUCCAAAGAGAAGACAAAACACAAGUCAGAGAAAAAAAAGCCAAAAAACAAUUCUGAAACUGUUAAAGAAAAAGUACCGCAAAGCAAGUCAAAGGAAAGAAGGAAAUCCAAAAGUCCAGUUAAAAGAAACAGAUCACAAGACCAACUUAAAAGAUCACCAGCCUUGCGGCGACAAUCUCCAGAAAAAAAUAUUAAAUCAAAAUCUCCCUCAAAAGAAAGGUUAAAAACAAGGGACAGGAAAAAAUCACCAGUGGUCAGUGAAAUCAGAGGUAGAGACCGUAGUAGGAAGUCUAAAUCUCCAAUAAUAAUUGACAGAAGCAAAUCCAAAGAAAGACGGUCUAAGUCAAAAGAAAAGAAAAUCAGGAGGUCUGAUGGGGAUAGAGAUAAGAAACCUCUUAAAUCUCCCUCCAAAGAUGCUUCUUCUGGGAAAGAAAACCGUUCUCCAGUUCGACGGCUAGUACGCAGCCCAAAAGCAAGAAGCUUAUCUCCUAAACAACGUGAUAGGACUUUGCGACAAAGCAGAUCUCCACAUGAUCGGAAGGCUAAAACUCCACCUCGGGCCCAAUCUCCUUCUCGGAGAGCAAAAAGCAAAUCAAUGGAACGUAAAAGAAGAGAACCAGAGAGAAGAAGAUUAUCAUCUCCCAGAACCCGCUCUAGAGAUGAUCCCCUAACAAGAUAUGAUCGAGCAAAAGAUCCUAGUCCUCUUCGACGGUCCCCAUCUAGGAGGCGACCAAGUAGGUCUCCUAUUCGAAGACGAUCACGUUCACCGCUCAGGAGAAGUAGAUCUCCAUGGAGACGAAGUAGAUCUCCUUAUAGGCGAGACCGAAGUCGAAGAAGCCGCUCUCGUCUUAGAAGGCGGUCUCAUUCCCGGGGAGGACGUACUCGGAGAAGGAGAAGCAGGAGCAAAGAUAAAGAAGAUAAAUUUAAAGGAAGCCUUUCUGAAGGGAUGAAAGUGGAACAAGACUCUUCUGAUGAAAAUCUUGAAGACUUUGAUGUUGAGGAAGAAGAUGAAGAGGCUCUUAUAGAGCAGAGGAGACUGCAGAGGCUAGCCAUUGUACAGAAAUACAAAUAUCAAAAUGAAGACAGCAAUAUGUCUGUACCUUCCGAGCCCAGCAGUCCUCAAAGCAGUGCACGGAGCCGCUCAGCUUCCCCAGAUGACAUUCUUGAGCGUGUUGCUGCUGACGUUAAGCAGUAUGAGAGGGAGAACUAUGACACUUUUGAGGCUUCUGUGAAAGCCAAACAUAAUCUUAUGACAGAACAGAAUAAUGGUGCUACACAGAAAAAAAUUAUUGCCCCUGACAUGUUCACCGAAUCUGAUGAUAUGUUUGCUGCAUACUUCGAUAGUGCUCGUUUUAGAGCUGCUGGCAUUGGAAAAGACUUUAAGGAAAAUCCUAACUUAAGGGAUAACUGGACAGAUUCUGAAGGCUACUACCGUGUAAAUAUAGGAGAAAUUUUGGAGAAGCGAUACAAUGUGUAUGGAUACACUGGCCAGGGAGUCUUCAGUAAUGUUGUGCGUGCGCGAGAUAUGGCUCGAGCAAAUCAGGAAGUUGCUGUGAAAAUAAUCAGAAACAAUGAGCUAAUGCAAAAAACAGGCUUGAAAGAAUUGGAGUUCCUGAAGAAAUUAAAUGAUGCGGAUCCAGAUGACAAAUUUCAUUGCUUGAGAUUAUUUAGGCAUUUCUAUCACAAACAGCACUUAUGUUUAGUAUUUGAACCACUCAGUAUGAACUUGAGAGAAGUUUUGAAGAAAUAUGGAAAAGAUGUAGGCCUCCACAUUAAGGCAGUGCGGUCCUAUAGCCAGCAGCUCUUUCUGGCAUUAAAGCUUCUAAAAAGAUGCAACAUUCUUCAUGCGGAUAUUAAACCCGAUAACAUUCUGGUGAAUGAAUCCAAAACCAUUCUGAAACUCUGUGACUUUGGUUCUGCAUCCCAUGUUGCAGAUAAUGACAUUACACCAUAUCUUGUCAGUAGAUUUUAUCGAGCACCUGAAAUCAUAAUUGGAAAAAUAUAUGACUACGGAAUAGACAUGUGGUCAGUGGGCUGCACCCUAUAUGAACUUUAUACUGGAAAGAUCUUGUUCCCUGGCAAAACAAACAACCACAUGAUAAAAUUAGCCAUGGACUUAAAAGGAAAAAUGCCAAACAAGAUGAUUAGAAAAGGCGUGUUUAAGGAUCAACACUUUGAUGCAAAUCUAAACUUCAUGUACAUUGAAGUUGAUAAAGUAACAGAAAGGGAGAAAGUUACAGUUAUGAGUACUAUUAACCCAACAAAGGACCUGUUGGCUGAUUUAAUUGGAUGCCAGCGGCUUCCGGAGGAUCAGCGUAAAAAAGUUCACCAACUGAAGGACUUGUUGGAUCAAAUUCUAAUGCUAGAUCCAGCUAAACGAAUAAGCAUCAAUCAAGCUCUACAACACCCGUUCAUCCAGGAAAAGAUCUAAAUCUGGUUUGAAUAGUUACCCAUCAGGACUGAAGAUACUUUCACAGCAGCUUGUUAAUGUAUAUAAAUAUAUAAAUAUUUCCCCUGAAAAAAACAAAAACAAAUUGAGAGCAUGAAAUGUUUGAAUUAAAUUUUUUCUUUUUUUUUUUUCAAAAAGUUGUCUCACAAACUUUUGUUAUCUGUACAAUUUCUCCACAUUAGAGUGAAUGGAAAUUGGCACAAUUGCAUAAAAGAAAAUGCAGGAAAAAAAAAAUCCGUACUAAUGCAGUUUGAUUUGAGAAUUAUAUUUGGGAAAAACACGGAUGAAAUUUAAUAAUGCUUGGAUGUUAAUAUUUUAUUUUUAGCAGUCAUGGCUCAUAUUUUUUAUUUUAUUUUUUUUUGUUUGUGUGAGAGAAAACAUGACCAGCAUAAAUGCUGUUUAUAUUCACGUUUUCCUAGGUUGUGUGCGCAGGCCUCAGCAGCAUGCCCUUGGUGUAGUCAGUGCCGAAGGAGGGCCUAUUCCUUCUUGAGCCUGCCUGCAGGGAUGGUGUCCUCUUUUAAAGCAGGUUGUGUACAACUUUCAGUACACUGAAGGUAAGCUUAAACCAUCAACAUCACUGGUAUUUUAAGAUUGUCUGUGUGUUUAUAUUUUUCUUUUGUCAGCAGACAAAUAAGGAUUCGAUAGCAUAUUGUGGCAUUAUCCCACUGCAUGUUUUUCAAGUGACCUACUGUUGCAUCAGGUUUUUGUUUUGUUUCAUCAUUUGGACACUGUUUGUUGCAGUUUAAUUCCAUACUUUCUUUCCAUUCCUUGAGUGUGUGCACUUGAUGGGAGGAGCGCCUUCAGUGUACUGUUUAAUUUUGGUUUUAAGUAUAUUUUUAAUCUACUUGCUUCAUAUUGAAAAGAGUUCACUGUAACAUAGGAAUCUGUACUUUCUGAAAAAGUUGCAUUUAAUGUUCUAGUUGGGGAAAACGUCAAGUUCUUGUGCUUAGAAAAAAAUAACAUUUUUAAAAAUAAAUAAAUCCUUUGUAUUGAAACUGUACUUCUGUGUAUCACCAGUCAGUACCAGCGGGACUUCCAUUGUAUAAUUAUCCACUAUUAAAUGUAAAUCCUUCUGGUACUGAUUGUAGUUUCUAUUUUAAAUUGUAUAAUUUGUUCAUUGUUUUCAUUUCUUGUGAUCAUGUUGUCUUUCAAUACAGGCAUUUGUUCUCCACUCUUGAACAAAAGCAGCUGCUUUUUAAAAGCGAAAAAAGGAAAGAGAGACACAGGCCUCCCAACGGCUGAUUUGCUGAGAAACCAUCAUCACCUUCCUUACAAGGUCAUUUCUGACAGCAUGUGUAGAUAAGCAUUUAGAAAAAAAAAAGUGCUAUCAAAAUGGAAUUACCCACUAUGGUAGUUUAAAAAAAUAAAUAAAAAUAUAUAUAUGACUUAUGUUGAUCUAUUAAAGACAAGACUACGUUUUUCUUAAGCACACAGGACACACCACUGGCUAAAACAAUUAUUUUGGCACAUUUAUUAUUCAGUUGGUAAGGGUGGCUGUUAACAGGUUUUAUUAUAACUUGACAGUUACAUGGCAACCAAAUUGAUUCAGGCUUAUAAUUCCUCUUUAAAAUGUGCUUUGGAAUGAAAUUUAGCUAUAAGCAUUUUAAGCAUAUGAACAUUUCUGUUCCUUGUUCAGAAAUUGAAGAUGCAUUUCAUCUUUCUAAAAAUACGUUCUUUGUUACACAAGGACGAUUUCCAAAAAUAGUAGUUGCUCGUUAAGUGUUCAAUGCUUUUGGGUGGAGGGGAAUUGUAUCUAAUGAGGCAAAAGCUAAAAUGAAAGAAAAGAAAGUUUACAAAACAAAAACCCUCUAAAGAAUAAAGUUGCUGGUUUACCCAUUUCUUUGUGUUUUAGAUGGAGCUGGAAGGAGGAAGAUGGCAAGAAGACAUAUACCAAGGUUUCUGUUUUAAGCAAGACAUUUUAUGUGCUGAUACACCCUAGUGGUAUCAUAUUAAUCUUCUAUUAGGUUACUCAGGUCAAGGGCAAUUUUCACGUUUGUUUUUUUAUAUAUGUAUUAUGUUCUCUAGAUUUGUAGCUCCUUCUUUUGUAACUUUUUACUACUUACAUGCAGAAUUGUUGAACAUGUAAACAUUAUUGGUGCAUGUAAUAAAUCAGCACAUGCAUAUUGUUUUAUAGGUCUAAAUUUGGAAAUACUGUAUCAAAUCCUCACACACGGUUUUAUAACUUUGACUAUUAAACAUACACUUGGCUCUCAGUUACUAGAGCAAGAAAUCGGGGAAUACAAUUUAGUUUUUUUUCAGUGGAAAUAAAAAUAGGUUGCAUUAAUAUUUUUUACUUUGUUUUUGUGCUUAGGGUAAGUUGAUGAACUAUUUGGAUUCCUUUAUGAUCACCUAUCAAGCAAAAACACCGUAUCUGUUUAAUGUUCUACUGAUCCUUUCUGUGAUGUUCAUACUAAUAAAAAUACUUUAGUUGUCAA